GCCGCUGGGGGCGGGAACCUUGGACCCCUGUAAACCAUGCUCGGCGCUGAGAUUGGGGGAACCUGGCCAGCUGUGAUGCUUGGUGGGCCCUACCUGCUGGGCUGGGCUGGGGUGCCACCACCGUCGGGGGCCCAGCUCACGGCCCCUCCCUCCUCUCCCAGGCUGCUCCCAGACUGCUUUGGGCCACUGGGGGUGGGGUGGGGGCCACGUCAGCAGCUUUCUCCCGCACUGGAGCUGUGUGGACGCUGUGAGGACUCACACGUCUGUGUGCUCCCCGCAGGGACCCCCAUGGCCCACAGGGUCACGUUCUCCAGGCGCUGCUGACGUGGGCACCUCUGAUGUGGCUCUUCCUUCCAGGUGCUGAGCCCCACCCAUCCUCCCUGCCCCCCGGCGGCCCAGCCAGCAUGUCGGCGUCGGAGGAACAGAAGCAGGUGCCCGCAGAGCCCGGGCCAGCCGGGGGCCAGCGGGCGUGGCGCUGCCUGGUGGGCUACCUGUGCCUGUACGGCUUCAUGGCACAGCUGCGGCCCGGAGAGAGCUUCAUCACACCCUACCUGCUGGGCCUAGACAAGAACUUCACCAAGACGCAGGUCACCAAUGAGAUCACGCCGGUGCUGUCCUACUCGUACCUGGCAGUGCUGGUGCCCGUGUUCCUGGUGACGGACCUGGUUCGCUACACGCCGGUGCUGGUGCUGCAGGCGCUGAGCUUCGUGUGCGUGUGGCUGCUGCUGCUGUUUGGCCGCUCGGUGCUGCACAUGCAGCUCAUGGAGUUCUUCUACGCCCUCACCAUGGCCGCGCGCAUCGCCUACUCCUCCUACAUCUUCUCACUGGUGCCGCCCGCCCGCUACCAGCGCAUGGCCGGCUACUCGCGGGCCGCCGUGCUGCUGGGCGUGUUCACCAGCUCCGUGCUGGGCCAGCUGCUGGUCACGGCCGCCAAGUUGUCCCUCUCCACGCUCAACCAGCUCUCACUGGGCCUCCUCGUCUUCAGCCUGGGCCUCUCGGUCUUCCUCAGGCGGCCCAAGCGCAGCCUCUUCUUCCACCGCAGGGCGGCCCCGGCCGAGGGGGCCACACCGGCCGAGCUGUGCCACAUGAAGCCGGGACAGGGACAGCCGGGAGGGCGGCGGGCGGCCUGGCGGGACUGGACGCUGGUGUGCAUGCUGCAGGAGCUGGCGGUCAGCGCACGGCGGCCGCAGCUGCAACUCUGGUCCUUCUGGUGGGUGUUCAGCUCAGCCGGCUACUACCUGGUGGUCUACUACGUGCACAUCCUCUGGAGUGAGGUGGAUGCCAACGUCAACUACAACGGCGGAGCCGACGCAGCCUCUACCCUGCUGGGUGCCAUCACGUCCUUUGCCGCGGGCUUCCUGAAGCUGCGCUGGGCACUGUGGGGGAAGCUGGUCAUCGCGUGUGUGACGGCUGCACAGGCCGGGCUGGUCUUCCUCAUGUACAACUCGGCCAGCAUCUGGCCUUGCUACACGGCCUUUGUCCUCUUCCGCGGCGCCUACCAGUUCCUUGUGCCCAUCGCCACGUUCCAGAUCGCAUCCUCCCUCUCCAAGGAGCUCUGUGCCCUGGUCUUCGGGAUCAACACCUUCCUGGCCACCGUGCUCAAGACCAUCAUUACCCUGAUCGUGUCUGACAAGAGCAGCUUGGGGCUCCCCGUGAGGAAACAGUUCCAGGUGUACUUUGCCUACUUCCUGGUGCUAUCGGCCAUCUACCUCUUGGCGGCACUGGUGGGGGGCCUGAGUCUGUGUACACAGAAACGUCACCUGCCGCUGCCCCAGGCCCACGAGAUGCAGAGCCCAACUGAGAAGGCCACCACAGGCACCUGGGGGUCCGGGAACAGAGCCAGCCACCCCUCAGGGCCUGAGCAGCCCCCCGACGUGUGCUGUACCACUGUUUCCUGUCCAGAGCCUGGACCGGACACACAGCCUGGCCCACAGUGUGGGAGGACCGGAGUGCUGCCGUGGCUCCGGCUCAAUUCGAAUUCCCACGUGCAGACAAGGAGCGUGAUGUGGCGGCCACGCUGAC